AUGACGAGGCGAAGGCAGCGUUCGCUGGGGAGGGGGCAGCUGAUGGCGGGGACCACUGCCGCGGCUCCCCCUCCGCUGCCCUCAUCCCCCCUCCAGCAGAAGGUGCUGUGGAACGAGCCAGCCCCAGAAUCGUUCGCGAAACUCUACGUGCCCAGUGGACAGAUGGACAUCGAAUGGCAACCAACCAUGGCCUCCGUCUUCAAGAUUCUUUUUUCGUUCCGUGUUGCGGCAGCGAUGUGGAGUACAAUCAGCGAUUGCGAUGAAGUUUAUAAUUAUUGGGAACCUCUGCAUCUGUUUCUCUACGGCACUGGCUUCCAGACCUGGGAAUAUUCACCCGUCUAUGCCAUACGUUCAUACCUUUAUGUAUUGCUGCAUUAUGCUCCAGCAAAAGUGCUGCAGAGGAUAUUCUGGGGCAACAAGAUAGCUGUUUUCAUCACAAUGCGUUGUAUUUUGGGUCUGUUCAGUGCCGGUGCCGAUUUGGCAAUGUACAGGGCGCUUUGCGCACGUUUUGGCAACGGAAUCGCACGAAUUUACAUUGCCCUUACUACUCUUUCAACAGGCAUGUUCAUUUCCAGCUGUGCUUUCCUUCCAUCAUCGUUCAGCAUGUCUGCAAAUCUGUUCGCGCUGGCAGCCUAUAUCACUGAAGAUUGGUUUCUAGCAAUUUCACUAACGGCUCUAAGUGCUCUUGUAAGUUGGCCGUUCACCGCGGUACUAGGUCUUCCGAUUGUGCUCGAGAUGCUACUGAUUCGUCCGCGUGAAUUAGCCGCCACCUUUUUUAACUAUGCGCUUUUGUCCGGUACGACCCUAAUUGCGGCACUGAUUUUCGUGGACUCAUAUUAUUUCGGAAAAACAGUUUUGGCACCAUUGAAUAUUGUUCUGUAUAAUGUCUUCUCAUCACACGGCCCGAACCUGUACGGUAUAGAAGACUUGAAAUAUUACGUUAAAAAUUUACUACUGAAUUGGAAUGUUGUGGCGUUGCUUGCCCCGUUCUCAGUACCGGUCGCUGGACUGGCCUAUGUAUGGACUCAUUUUUCUUUUGUCUAUUGGCGACGAUAUCUUCCGGUACUGUUCAUUUUCCUCACUGUGGCUCUUUGGCUGGCAAUAUUCUUUUGGCAACCGCACAAAGAGGAGCGUUUUCUCUUCCCGAUCUACCCACUUUUGGCUGUUUUGGCUGCCGUCACUCUCGAUGCAUUGCCUCGCGUCGGUGUUUAUCUGCUGGGCGGUGGAUCGAGGAGUUUCUGGCAAGGCUGCAUAGCUAUGUGGCUGCUGAUCUUCUCAGUACUUUCCGUCUCACGCUCCGCUGCACUUUAUCGAAAUUUUUCGGCACCUGUGGAAGUUUUCAAAGGAUUAAAUGAGCAUUUGGCAAGCAUUUCCAAUCGCAACAUUUCGCAUUUUACAAGAAAUAAUGAUACAGUAAUAAAUGUAUGUAUUGGCAAGGAAUGGUAUCGUUUUCCAUCAUCGUUCUUCCUACCGUCCAGUGGCAGAAGUGACGGGGGCCGACUGUGGACAACCGAACUAAAAUUCAUCAAAAGUGAAUUUGCCGGCUUACUACCCAAACCAUAUAUGAACCCAGAUACCACAGAAUUGGAGCGUAAUUUCGCAGAACAGAGAAUCCAUGAACAGGAGGAUGCGGGCACUCGGUCGUAA